AUGCUGCAAAUUUGUGCAACUCUUAAUCUGUAUUUCGAUUGUAUUCGACCUGUAAUAUCGCGCACUAUUUCGCAGCAGUUCAUCAUAACAGGAUUUGUACUCUGUCUCACUGGAAUCAGUCUAACAACAUUCGCGAGUGAUGCUGCUCAGAUACUUUUCACGGUCAUCUAUCAAAUUGCAAUUUUAGUUGAGAUAUUUCCGUGCUGUUGGUUUGUUAAUGUGCUCAUGCAUGAAAGCGAUUAUUUGACGACGGCCAUGUACAGCUGCAAUUGGUACACACAAAAUCUAAAAUUUCGCAAAACUCUAAUUAUUUUCAUGCAACGUUCACAGAAGACAAAUGUCAUUUUGGCUGGCAACUUGGCACCAAUAACUUUGCAGACAUUUUUAGCGAUUAUUAGAUUCUCGUUUUCUAUGUUCACUCUUUUAAACAACAUGAACGAAUGAAAUUUUAUUUCAAC